CUAGAAGCGAUUUUUUCGUAACCACUUCCGGUUUAUCAAUCUCUCACUCUGAAGUGGAAACUAGAAAUCAAAGAAGCUCUGAGUCGGUACCGCCUCACUGACCCAACCAGUCCAACAGAGCCGUGACUUUCCCCCGGACCACAACCAGAAGCUUAAAAUGCUAUUGAUGGGUGUUUACCUGGAUCUCUUCUGCUGACCAGUCCAAUGCUUAGUUUCCUAUGGGGGUGGUUACUACUAUGGACCCGGAUUCAGCCCGGCAACCACAGGGCAAGUUGGGUAAAGGCGGCCACGCGCUAAUAGGGGCCAAUCUGGGCGCUCGGGGAAAACACUAUGUGUGCGGCUCUCUUGCUGCGUUUACCAACAUCAUCGUGACCUUUCCUAUUCAGAAAGUGUUGUUCCGGCAGCAGCUUCACGGGGUCCGAGUGACCGAAGCCGUCUGUCAGUUGCAGAGGGAAGGGUUGAGACAUCUCUACAGAGGGCUUCUGCCUCCACUACUGCAGAAGACCACCACCGUGGCCAUCAUGUUUGGUCUGUAUGAGGAUUUUUCCCGGUUGCUUUUGCGUCACGCUCACAGAAGUGGUGCGCCUGAGCUUGUUACGCGGAGCGUCGCUGCUGUGCUGGCCGGGACGGCUGAGGCCGCCCUUACGCCGUUCGAAAGGGUGCAAACACUGCUUCAGGAUCACAGGCACAACGGGCGUUUCAAUAACACCGUCCACACCUUCCGGACUCUCUUGCGGGAUUAUGGUGUGAGGGAGUGCUACCGCGGGCUGGUCCCGGUUUUGUUGCGAAACGGGCCUAGUAACGUUUUGUUUUUUGGCUUGCGUGGGCCAAUUAAGCAGCAUCUGCCUGAUGCCCGAACCCGUAUGGGUCACAUGGCCAAUGACUUUGUGUGCGGCGGGCUGUUGGGGGCGGCGCUGGGUAUCAUGUUCUACCCCCUGAACGUGGUCAAAUCUCGAGCUCAGGCUCAAGUCGGGGGCGAGUUUGUUCCUUGCCAUCAAGUGCUGAUGACGGUGUGGCGGGAACGAGGCGGCAGCAUCGUACUGCUCUUCCGCGGAGCGACGCUCAACUACCACCGAUCUCUUCUGUCCUGGGGGAUCAUCAAUGCGACUUACGAGCUUCUCCUGAAAGUUUUCUGAAGAGCAGGGUGGAUAACGGAGUGCACUUUUUCCGAAGCAAGCCAAAUUGAGGGUUUUUUUACCUUUUGAAAAGAGGUCUGGACACUGCCAGCUCCUUAAUGUCUGCACUUAAAGGGAUAGUUCACCCCAAAAUUGAUAAUUUACUCACGUUCAUGUCAUUUCAAACCUGUAUGAAGAUAUUUAGAAGAAUCUUAGUAAUCAAAUAGUUUUGUGUACCAUUGACUGCCAAAGUAGGAACAAAAUAUACAAUGGAAGUCAAUGGGACCCAAAACUGUUUGUUCUUCAGAAUAUACAAAAGAAAGUCAUGCAGGUUUGGAAUGAUAUGAGGGUAAACAAGUAAAUGAGUUUUGGGUGAAUUGUCCCUUUAACACUUAAUGAUGUGUAUAAUUAUGGAUGGACAGUAUUCGUGUGCUGAUAACUACAUUUAAAGUCCAUCUAUAUUACUCUGCUACUAUAAGUGUUGUGAAAUGUAUCGCCACACGCUGUGGCUCUUGUAUCAGUUUUGUAGUGGCUCUUUUACUCACUUUUUGGGGGUCUGUGGGACACGGAUGGAGAAAGCACGGUGUUGCACUACUGACAGUACAUUUCUACUUUUUUUCCUGUUGUUUUGUUAAAAAAACCUGAUGCACAAACUCUGGACCUGGAGCAUUACAAGCCAUGUGUCAUCGUAAGUGUUACGUGCAGGUUGACCGAGGGUUCGUAAAUGGGUGUGAUUGUGGACCACACAAAGCGAGAUAUGUCUGUACAAGCCUAUGGUGUUAAGUGUUUUUGCCAAUCAGAAAAAGUCCUGAUGUAUUCAAAGAUGUGUGAUCAUUUUCAUGAAAUGCUGUUUUUAUGUAACGAGUGUUUUGUGACAUGAAUGACAUUUUCACAUUGUUCUGGGUGGAAAGUAAACAGUUUAUUCCACUUAUUGCAUUC